UCCCAACUAUUGUGAUACAAACUCACAUUUCAACCCUCGUCUACUGCUGCAAGGAAGCUAACUGAUCGCACCGCUGCAUUCCAUCAUGCAAUGGCAACCACCUUCGGCCCCACGUGGCCCUUCAAAGCCCGAAUUGCAGCCGAUCCUCAGGCCUGAUCGGGUCAUACAGGAGGAUGAAGUUGCUCAUAUAAAGGCGGCGACCUGGUCGCCAGAAAGACCACGUCGUCCCUGGGUGCGCACGACUCUCAUCACGCUGCUGCUGUCAAUCAUGAGCAUCAUUUCGUUGCUCGCGUUCUUCUCCCUGGGCCUGGGUAUCAACGGCCUUCCCCAUGCCCGCCCCUCCAGCCCUUCAUACGGCAAGCCGGUAAACCCUAUUCAGGACACUCCGAUUAAGAACGUGGUGGUAUUGGUCGAGGAGAACCUGAGUUUUGAUGUGUUUGCCGGUGGCUUGACAUAUAACUCCAAGAUCGAUGGGUUGGUCAACCGCGAGUACUGCAACCCGUCAAAUGCUUCCGAUCCAUUCUCAGAGAAGGUUUGCGCCAAACCGAUCGCGAAGAAUGUGGCUCCCGAUGAUCCGGACCACAGCAUUACGGGUGGAAACCAGCAGGUGUAUAGCACCUACCACCCCAACGCGAAGAAUGAUAUGCCUGGCAUGCAGGGUUUCGUCACGGAGCAGAUUGUCUCUUACGGGCUCGGCUCCGAUUUAAGUCGUGCUGCAGAGGUCAUUAACUACUACACACCAGACCACGUGCCAGUUUUCAAUGCCAUGGCCGAGAACUUUGUGCUCUUUGACCGCUGGUUCGCAUCGGUUCCGGGACCGACCAACCCCAACCGUGCGUAUCUGACUUCGGGCACCUCGCAUGGUCACGGUCAAAAUGACCAUGACUUUGAUAUCUCCAACUUGCCUCAGGUGUCUAUCUUUGAACAGCUCUCGGCCGCUGGCAUUAGCUGGAUCAACUACUCCAACACCACUGGUUUCCUUCCAGAUUCUUUGUUCUACCAGUGGACUGCCAAGAGUGGCAAGGGCACCACCAACGUGAAGCCUAUUGACCAGUUCUUCAAUGAUGCUAAAGCCGGUACGCUGCCUCAGUUUACCUGGAUCAACCCAGAAUGUUGCUCGUACAUGUCCUUCCACCCACCCUCUCCGAUCAAUAUGGGCGAGGGCUUCAUUAAGAGCAUCUACGAGGCGUUGCGCUCUUCCCCGCAGUGGAAUGAGACGCUGUUCAUCCUGACUUUUGACGAGCACGGUGGUUUUGCCGACCAUGUAUCUCCCCCUGAGAACGUGCCGGCUGGCGAUAACCUGACGUACACCGAAACGGCCAAGGACGGCCAAGAGGCCACCUUCCAUUUCGACCGUUUGGGUAUCCGAGUACCUACCGUUCUGAUGUCUCCGUGGGUGGGCAAGGGCGUGGUUCAAAAUAGCCCGACUGACCAGCCUAACGAAUUCACCCACACCUCUAUCCUCAAGUAUGUGGCUGAGCUCUGGAACCUGGACAUCCUCACUCCUCGCGUCGACUGGUCUCCCAGCUUCCGAGGGCUGAUCACCAACACGUUCCGUGAGACGCCGGCGAAGCUACCUGAGCCGGCUGAUUUUUAGAAACGAAUCUGUACAGUCUAGACUCGAUAUCUAGAGUAGCAUAUGACCAUGAUGACGAUAUAAUUAUGACAAUAACCGUUUCAAUUAAAUGACUGCAGGCAACAACAAAGAUUUUGCCUUUGU